AUGAAUUCCAGUGAAAAAGUUUGCCCACUUCAGCUUCCUUGGCAUACGAGUUUCUAUGGGAUUCCAUCCAUCGUGAAAUCGUCCAAGGCAGCUCUUAUCACGCAUUCAAUAACUUUCCCAUUCACAAUCUUGCUAAACGCGCUAGUUUUCGUUUGUAUAUGGAGGAAGAACUCACUUCAAACCAACACUAAUAUCUUGUUAGCAUCACUAGCCGUUACGGACUUGAUGGUAGGCUGUCUGGCGCAACCUUUGUUCAUAACUGAAGAGUACUUUAAACUUAAAGGCGAACUAAAUUGUAACGUAGGGAUGGCGUAUAGUUGCGUUCAGUUUUUAGUUUGUGGGGCAUCACUGACGCACAUCGUACCGAUCACCCUCGAACGAUACAUUGCGAUCAAGUAUCCCCUCAAGAGCUCUAUCUGGAUCACCAAGCGAUCAUUGAUGGUCGUCAUAACAAUGUCAUGGCUCAUCGCUAUUUCUGCCUUCGCUCUUACUAUUCUCGGCUACACGACAAACCUGCAGGUUUACAAGCUCAUGAGGGACAUAACUGGCGCAGUCACUCUACUCAUCUCUGCUAUUUUGAUUGGUUUCUGUUACUCUGCCAUUCUUCGCAUCAGCAUCCGCCAGAAAAAAAAAUGCCUCAACAUUUUAACGCGUUCAAAUGCGACGAGAGAAGAAAGAAAACGUCAGAUCCGUGAAAAUAAAGCCGCCAAGACCACAGCUAUUGUGGUCGGCAUGUUCUUCCUGUCCUACACGUCUGCAACUGCUUUUAUGGUGGCUGUUUUAAUCCACCCGGAGCCCAGUACGAGUACUGUGAUGUUCGCUCUGUUAACCUGGUCAAGAACGCUCGUUUUGCUCACGUCACCUGCUAACCCUGUUGUAUACUGCUGCCGAAGUAACGAGUUUAGAAAAGCUAUAAAGGGCAUGAUCUUCAAGCGAGGAAGCAGCGUUGAAAUGACAUCCAGAAGAGGUCGAGCAGACGUGUCUUGGUAA